GUCUCCGGCGCGGCCGCUGGUUGGCGGGCGCGGGUCACGUGGCCCAGGCAGGAGUUUCCCCGACAGCUGGAGGCUGCGUGGGAUCCGGCGGCGGCUCCGGAGCUCAGCGGUGCGGCCUUCCCCGCCCCCUCCCUCCUCCCCCGCCCGCUUCCGCCCGUCUUAUUAUCCUCCUUAUUGACAAAUAGAGCGGCCGCGGCGGCGACUCUCGGCGUGCGUUUGUAGCCAAGCCAUGGGAGACAAGAAGAGCCCCACCAGGCCGAAGCGGCAGCCGAAGCCGUCCUCGGAUGAGGGUUACUGGGACUGUAGCGUCUGCACCUUCCGGAACAGCGCCGAGGCCUUCAAGUGCAUGAUGUGCGAUGUGCGGAAGGGCACCUCCACCCGAGAAGAAAAAGCUGGAUCACUUACCAGUAACUGGAGUUCUCCUAUUGGGUAAUCUCCACAGAUCCACAUUCUUUGAAGUUAUUGUGAAUGCCUCGAGGACCAAGGGACCGUUGAAAUUUCCAAUUUCAGGAAGGAAACCUCGGCCUGUCUCCCAGUUGGUUGCACAGCAGGUUACUCAGCAGUUUGUGCCCCCUACACAGUCAAAGAAAGAGAAAAAAGAUAAAGUAGAAAAAGAAAAAAGUGAAAAGGAAACAACUAGCAAAAAGAACAGUCAUAAGAAAACCAGGCCAAGAUUGAAAAAUGUGGAUCGGAGUAGUGCUCAACAUUUGGAAGUUACCGUUGGAGAUCUGACAGUCAUUAUUACAGACUUUAAGGAGAAAACGAAGUCACCGCCCGCAUCUAGUGCUGCUUCUGCAGAUCAACACAGUCAGAGUGGCUCCAGCUCUGAUAACACAGAGAGGGGAAUGUCCAGGUCAUCUUCACCCAGAGGAGAAGCCUCAUCAUUGAACGGAGAAUCUCAUUAAAGUUUAUUUUCUCCAAUUUCCUAGUCACUUCUGUCAUACCAUGCAAAUACACAGAUUAUGCCAAGAAGUACCACAUUUUCAUGACAAACAUAUUCACGCACAAUCCAUAAUUUGCAUUUUACAUAAAAUAGAAAUUUGUUAGAUUUUAUUGCAAUCUAUGCCUACCAAACAUUUCCAGACUUAACAUUUUGGUCUCCACAGUUAAAGGUGCCAUGAAAAUGUGGUUGAAUUACUCAUUAUGCAGUGUUAUUGGUAAGUCUAUUUUCACUUUUAGUUUAGUGAAUUCUAACACAUAAUUCUUGAAUUCUCUACUAUUGGCAUGUAACGAAUUUAAAUUUUUAUAACAUAGUGCAAGCUGCCUAAAUAUGUAUUAUUUGAGAAUUGUGAAACAAAUAGUUAUAUGUAUACAAGUCAAAAAUCAAUUUAAUCAACUGUUGCUACAACAGAAUUUUCUUAAUGGUUAUCCUCUUAAAUACACCUGCUGGUACUUGGUGUGGUUAAAUAGGAAGAUUGUUAUUAAAUAAAGAAUUUGUAUGAACCAUUGCCAAUGUUUUUGACACAUUUUACUAAAUUAUUGUUCCUGAAUUAUGUUUUAGGUUUUAUCUGUUUUUGGGGGGAAUUUUUGCUUAUCUUUCAAAACAUUCAUUUAUUGUAAUGUUUACUAGCAGACUAGUAAACAAUAAAACAUUGAUUACUUGGCUUUAUAAUUCAGAUUUAUUGCUAUUGUCAUUGAACACUGGUAUUUUCUGUAUUAUAUAGAACAUUAAAAUUCAAGUAAUUAUAAGCAUUUGGCAAAAACAGAAGAGAAGAAACCUGUCAUAUUUUAAAAGCUGCAGUUUUGGAAAAGCUUUAACUUAAUAGUUUUAUCACUGUUUCCUUGCCCCAGACUUAUCCAGGGUCAUAGAAGUGUGAAUCUAAUUAAUACAGAAAUGGGAACUGUUGCACAGAACUGAGAAAUAACUAAUCUUUAAUCAGUUUAAUUGGCCUCUUAUUAAAUAUAACAAUUCUUAUAAAAAUUAUAGUACCCUAUUUUCAGAAACAAUUGCCAGUUUAUGCAUUUAUCAAUAUCCUAAAAUUUAAAAAGCAUUUACAGCCCCACUUACUAUUAUGUAAAUUUACCAAUAAAAUAUUUUUAUGACUACAGAUUUUGCAUUUUUGUUUACAACUAAUAAAAGUGUUUUUUGUUGUUUCUAAAAAUCCAACUAAGAAACCACACAGUACUUAAAUUCUAGGGUCUCCUGCUUUCUGUUAGCCAUUUGUUUAGUAUGUAUUCAUCUAUAGGAGACUUUUGAACUAUAAAUGAACUUUAAAUUAUAACUUGGAUACAGAAUAUCACAUAAAAACAUCAUGAUAGCAUUUGAAGAAAGAAAUAAAACUGUAGACCCUGACAGUUGUGAUAUUUGGUGGUUUCAUGUGGUAAUGUAAUUUUCUGUUUAAUUGCAGUACUUUUUACAGGCACAAUGGUACUGUCUUUUUUGUAAGAUGCAAGUUGUGAAAUACAGUUAAUUGCAUACAGUAAAAGUCUGUGAUUAAAACAUUUAUAUACCUCAUUCUUUAGUGUUGUUAAAUGAAAGAAUUUUAUUUGUUUUUAAGAUACUUUCAGUGGAACCCCAAAUGACUGGUAUGUUCUUUUAAAACAUGAAAAUUUUUUUCUCUUAUUUUAUUCUUUUUCACAUGUUCCAAAUGUUUUAUAUAUAUACAUAUAUAUUCAUUUUUAGACAUAGUAAAAACUACAAGUACUAACUGUAAUAGGGAAAAUAUUCUAAUUUUUAAGUCAAAAUUACUCUUUGGAGGUACUGGGUCUUAUGAUGAUGAUCAAAUACUUUCUGGAUAUAUUUUAAAUGGACUGCAAGAGAGAAAAAUCUGACAGAAGAUGGGAUUUUACCUGAACGGGGCAUAGUCAUCUUUCUAAAUAGUAGGGAGACAGUUAGCAUGGAAUUUGAGAAUGCUAACUGAUGGCUGGUAUCUGAAUCUCUGUUGUAGAACCUAAGUGAGCUUGAGUAAGUCAUUCAAGGUCAUUUCCCGUCUAUUAAACAGGGAUAAUGGUAAUCAUAUCUAACUCAUAGGGUUGUUGGGAGGAUUAAAUGUCAAUCCAUACAAAAUUCUUAACAACUACCUGACACGUACUCUGUGCUCAGUAAAUGUGAGCCUUUACUAUCUUUAUAGGUAAAAUCCCAUUACAGAGACAUAAUUUUUUUUGUAACAAAAAUUGUUUCCAUGCCUUUUGGGCAAAAGGAAUUGUGUUCUGUAGGUUAAACUGAAUUUUUUACAUCAGAUGUUUGCUCUGAUCCCAGACCAGCUGUCUUUCUAUAAUUAAAGAACCUGAUGGUAUGCAUUAUGAGACAGGAGAAAUAAGCUGAGUUGUCUGCUUUGAUAGUUUGUUUUCCUUUCAUUAAUCACAGUUAUCUUUUGCUGUCUUCAUUUCACCCUACCUCAAAUACACUUCCAAACCAGGAAACAGACUCAAAUUCCAUAAAUACACCUAAUGUUAAAAUAUGCAAAAAGGUUCAGAGCCUGGGCUUAGGGUAUAUUUUUAGCUCUGGUUCAUCAACUUACCCUAUGGUUUUAAUAGUGGGUUAUUUUAGCCAAAUUCUAUACAAAAAGAGCAUUUGGAUGUUUUUCAGAGUUUAUUAGCUUAUUUUGAUAUAAGUAAGAGUGAAGAUAUAAUUUGAGGCAUACAAGAAUACAUAUUCUUAAACCUUUUAUAUUACACAGAAAUAGUUGACAAUAACUUAAAGGUUUUAUUUUUAUUAAAUGCUUUCCUAAAAUUAUAGUGAUGACUGUAGACAAAGUGAAAACAUUAAAAAAGGAAGAAAAACCUUUGCUUUUCUAAGUUGAUAACAUUUAUUACCCUUCUUUUAGAAAGAAGUUCUUAUUGCCUGAAAAGAAUAUAGCUUAUUCAUAUUAUAUACAUUCAUGCUGAGUGGUCUAGAAGUUUUAGUUUCCACUGAAACCCUUAUUUUACUUAUUUUCUUGGUCUGCCACUUAUCUCUUUUCUGGAAUCUUGAAGACCUGAAGUACGAACUGGGCCAUUGAUAGAAAUUUCUGUACUGUACUUCGAAAAUUAAGUGCAAACAGAAGAGUGAAUGUGUGUGUAAGAAGGGUAAUCAUAAAGUAAUACUUCGACUUACUAGCACUGGCUCCCCUCUUCAACCACAGGCACCUUCAGGUGUCUGGAACAACUGAAAUGUAGAAAAACUGAAAUGUAGAAAAGUCAUCAGUGACAAAAAUAGCUGAGUAGACUCAAGAGACAGUGAAGAUUGCAGAAUACAGGAUGUGACUGAUCAUUUGUGAAAGCAGAAGGAAAAGAACACCCUCCCUGGCUAUUGAGAGUGAUGAAAAAGAAGAUGCCCUAAUAAUAAAGGCAAGGAAGGUUAGAAAUGGGGGAAAAAAUGAGGGAGGAGGAAGGAGAAAAAGCAAAGAUAGUAGCAGAAAUUAGAAAAUGGGGAUUGUGAUGUAGUCGAUGAUAGCAGAGAAGAAUCACUCAGAAGGGAGAGAGAGAACAAAUAGAAUGUAUAGCAUCUCGGUCUCUUGAGAAAAAUUUUAAAACAAGCCAUGAUAAAUCAUCUUUGUAAUGACUCAGUCAUUAAGUUUUCAGUUGUGUUUAGUAGACUGUUUACUAGAGCAGCAAUAUGUGUAAUCACUAUAAAAUGAUUUUCUUCAAAACCAGUUCAUUUUUAGAAGUUGUCAUAGAGAUUUACCUUGAAUUAUAUGAACACUUUACUUUCCUGAAUGCACAGCCCUGCUAGCCCAGAUAAUUUAAAUGUUAUGUUUUUAAUGUGGCUUUGUAUUUAGCCAGUGCAGAUAUUCCAGCCUUUGUGGAAUGGGCCAAUUCUGGAGCAUAUGAAAUGCCACGAUAAGACUAGGUACUUAUAUAGAAAAAUCAAGUAGAGCUCUGAAAGCUUUUAGUUCUCUGGGACAUGUUUCAUGUUCUGAAUUGUUUUUCAGUGGUGAUUUCUUUCCUCCUCAUCAGUAGGAGUUGUAGACUGUCGUAGCUAUUUUACUGCUGUAAUACUUUCAUUAUUUUCCUGAUCUAGGUUUUCUUUAUGUCAGUUUUCAAUUCAGUGAACAUUUAUUGAGUAUGUUUUGUGUGCUAGGCACUGGUCUGGGGGUUGGUUGCAAAGAGGACAAAGAUGUGGAACUCACGUCUUAGAGGAGAGAUCUGUAAAUACAAUGCCAUUAUUUCAACAAUAAAAAUACAUAUAAGAUAGAGAAGUAACAGAAGAGGGAGUGCUUGCCACCAUUUUUUUUUUCUUUUUCCUUCUUUUUUUUUCCCCCUAGAAAAUUCAGCUUGGCCUGAGUAUCCACUGUAAGUCCGCAAUGGAGAUGUUAGGAUCUCAUCUUGAUAGUUGCAGCUGGUAAUGUUGGGUGUCACCAGUAAUUUUAGCCAGCUACCAUUUCAUUACUCCAGUUUGAAUUUUCAAAAGUUAAAGACUUUAAGGCAUGUAAUGAGAGAUUAUCAUUUUCCUAUACUAAUUUUUAAAAAUCAGUAAACAGCUGAAUGAGGUCUCCUGUUGCCUUUUUGUGAGGAUAUUGAGGAAACGUUACAUCACUCAGAAUCCAAAUGAGAAAAUUUAUUCAAACCUCUUUCAGGAAAAGCUUUACUUCAACCUGAGAAAUCAGUUUGCCUUUUUCUUGUGAACAAUGCAAAUCAUCGAUUGUCCUCAGUUUUUGCUUUAGUUGUGGGAAAUCUCAGAUUAAAAUUAGGCAUACUUUUAAUAAUUAUGUAGAACUCAGUCAUCUGCAUAUCCAUAUUCUAACUUGUUAUUCUUCAUCUAACUAAAUUUUUAACUUCAUCUAACUACAGUUUUUAUCUACUUAACGUUUUCCCUUGUGUUCUUAUAAAGUUCCUCAAAUCUCUUUUGUACAUAAGGCUAAAUAGUAAUACUUUUUAAAAAAAUCUCAAAAAAACUGCUUUAUUUUAGUUGUGAGGAUAAGCCCCUACGUGAAAUUUUCAGUUCAAGGAUCCAGUAAAAUGGAUCCAACUGGAAUUCCUGAGGAGUGGAAAUAAUACACAAGUUUGGCAGGUUUUGAAUUACAUGCAGGUAAACCUAGAUCUGCUGACUUACCUGGAAGUAGGGAAUGUGGAUGAAAGCUACCAUCUCAUCUUCAUAUUUACACUAACUCUUUUUUCAAGAGAAUUCAGAAACUAAACUGGGUACCAAGAUUUACUAAUUUAGACUUGUAUGUGUAUUAUUUUCACUAACCUCUUUUAAUUCAGACUAAUAGCAACAAUGAAAUUAGCCUGUGUUCACUUCUGCAGUCAGCAAGAUUGAGAAGAGUUGGGAUACUGUAUAAAACCAGUUUGGGAGAAGAAGACUCCUAAAGGACAAAAAUGUAGUGAAAGCAUUAAAAAGAAAAAAGUAGGCUGUUUUCAGAAUUAAAAAACAGCGAUCUGGCCUUAGGUCCAAGAGGUAGCUUUUGGUCUUUAAUAAGAGAAAAUGUAAAAGCCUAUGAUGUUUCCAGUACAGGAUAAGAUAAAUAAGGGACACUUUAACUUAAUUAGAAAGAAAAAACAGAUUUUUUUUUACUUUAUUAAAAAUAAAAUAUAGACAUGUGAAAAGAAAAACCAUUUCAAAAUAUGAAACCUAUUAAUAAUAAAACCUAUUAAUAUUAAAAAAAAAGAAAAACCAAACAUAACAUAGGACUAUUUAGGAUGUAGCUUCUAUACAGAAAGGAAUAUAGAUAACAAUAAUUCUGACUUUAUUUUUCAAGUAAGUACUGUAUUUCUGAAGUGUAACUAUCAGAAUUCUUAUUAUUUUCAUUUUUCAAUUUUGUGGAAUCGGGGUCCAGAGACUUAUCUGUUACUUAAUAUUAUAAUCAUGACCUUGAUUGAUGGCAGGUUUUGGUGAACUUGUGCAUGUAUGUUUUAAUUCUAAUUUUCCUCAUGACUAAAUUUCCCUGUAAAUCUAGCUUUUAAUUUCACUGACAGUAUUUUAAAAAAAUAACAGUAGGGCUUCCCUGGUGGCGCAGUGGUUGAGAGUCCGCCUGCUGAUGCAGGGGUCGCGGGUUCAUGCCCCGGUCCGGGAAGAUCCCACACGCCGCAGAGCGGCUAGGCCCGUGAGCCAUGGCCGCUGAGCCUGUGCGUCCGGAGCCUGUGCUCCGCAACGGGAGAGGCCACAACAGUGAGAAGCCCGCGUACCGCAAAAAAAUAAAUAAAAUAAUAAUAGGUUAUAAUCUAUUAAUGGGAAUGGAGGGUUCCUGGAGAUUGAACCAGGGAGAAAUGUAAGGAUGGUCCAUAGCAUAUUCGUUCUUUCCCUCCCCACUCUGCCCGCUUCAUAAUCUCUCUCCUUUGUGGAUGGAAAUACUAGCUGAAUUCUAGGAUUAUUUACGAGUUAAGGUGUCCCCACUUAGUUUUCCACUGCCACUUUUUCUAAUCUUAUGAUCUAUAGCUGAGUUUUUUGAGCAUGAAGAGAAUCAGUUUACUCUUUCGUCUUCCCCCUUACUCUACCCUUUUCCCACAUUUACUAGUCUGAAUGAACACUUAAAAUGAAAUACUCUUUGCUCCAACUGACAACAUACUUUUCCAACUUUUUCCUCCAGCCCAACAAGGUCUCUAGGAAAUGGACUGUGAAAAAUGAAGAAAUUUCACUAGAGGCCAACAAGAGGAGAGAAUGAUUUUCAAUUUUAGUGUGAAUUUCUGAUUCUUUGUGCUCUGCAACUAAUCUGAUUUCUAUUUUUUUAAUAUAAAUUUAUUUAUUUACUUAUUUACUUAUGGCUGCAUUGGGUCUUUGUUGCUGCAUGCAGGCUUUCUCUAGUUGGCAGUGAGCAGGGGCUACUCUUUGUUGCGGUGCACGGGCUUCUCAUUGUGAUGGCUUCUCUUGUUGCAGAGCACCGGCUCUAGGCGCCCGGGCUUCAGUAGUUGUGGCGCAGGGGCUUAGUUGCUCCACAGCAUGUGGAAUCUUCCCGCACCAGUGCUCGAACCCGCGUCCCCCGCAGCGGAUUCUUAACCACUGCGCCACCAGGGAAACCCCGUGAUUUGUAUUUCUGUGAUUGCAAGUUUAAUUUGUUUUAAUCCCCAAGACCAAUCUAAGAGAUUUUCAUAUAACAUCUUUUUUGCUUUUUUGCUUUUACUUUUAAUUUGCAUCACUCAGUUUAGCAUUUAUUUUUUCACAGUGAGAUAGCAUGGUAUAAGGGAAAAAACAAACAUGCACUUUGGAGCCUCAAAGAUUUCCAUUUGAAUUAUGGAUCUUCAUCAUUAGCCAUGUGGUUAACAAACUUCUCUGAAUUUCAGGUUCCUUGUUUGUUAAAGGAAUAAAGUAUAAUUGUUAUCAGGAUUAAGUUAGUUUAUGCAUAGACCUUUAUAAAGUGGAAAUUAUGUUAAAAAGCUUUGAACUUUACUAUGAAAAGGUAUAGAAUUUACCUUUUCCCCCACAGGAUGUCUUUUUUUUUUUUUU